CCUCUUUGACGCUCGAAGAGGCGUUUACAUAUCCGCUUCAAAUCGACCACCCCACCGCUAUAGCAGUCGAUGGCAGGCAAGAGCAACGAUAAGUUCUACAAGACCGUCGUGUUCGCCGAGGACAUGACGGACGCCAUGCUCGAGAAGGCAUUGAGCACCGCGAGAGAUGCCUUCCAACUGCAAGUCACGUCGGAGAAGACGUUCUCUACCAUUGCCGAGUUUGUGCGCCGCAAUAUGGAGAAGGAAUAUGGCCGCGGCUGGAAUUGCGUCGUCGGCUCGUCCUUCGGCGCCUACGUGACGCACGAGAUCAAGACGUACGUCUACUUUAGCGUCGCAGCGGGAGUCUCGGUGCUCGUCUGGAAAACCUAGCUGUAUACAAGAGCUAGUGCAUUUCACACACCAUUCUGCUAAAAUACACAAUAAACCGGUCCUUUACCCAUCCUGCCA